AUUUAAACACUGUUCUUUUUCCACGAGCUCGCUUUUGUGAGAUCCUGAUUUGUCCGGACUGUGGCCAGGGAGGAGCUGAGCUUGAGCUUUCGGUUUCACCCGGAACUUUGGGAGCGGCUUUCCAACGCCUAAUGGCAGAUCAAAAUAAAAUAAAAUAAAAAAUCCUAAAGGGGUGAAGAAGGCGCUGGACGGGACAGAAGGUCUCCAUCGCGGAAGGCUGCCUGCGCGCCAUUCUACUCCCAAACUGAGAAUGUGGUCAACAUAUCCGACUCCCUCCAAACCCAUUGAGACAUUUGUUUUUAUGGACCUGGAAGCAACAGGCUUACCACCAUCGCAGCCUAAAAUUGCAGAAAUGUGCCUGUUUGCUGUGUCUAGACAUUCCUUGGAGAAUCCUCAAUACAGCAAUCCUUGCCCAAAACCACUACCUCUCUUACCACGUUUAGCAGAUAAGCUGUCCAUUUGCAUUAAUCCAGACAAGCAGUUCACCCCGGAGGCAAGUUUAAUUACAGGACUGACAAAUGAAGCGUUUGCCAUGAACAAAAAGCAAACCUUUAACUUGCAUCUUUUGCACAUGAUUGUUGCCUUCUUCAGACGGCAGCAGCCACCAAUCUGUUUGGUAGCACACAACGGCAAUCGUUACGAUUUUCCUUUGCUGAGAGCUGAAUUCUCUGCACUGGGUCACUUAGCCAUUGACGGAAUCUAUUGUGCAGAUACUAUUAAAGCCAUGAAAGCCUUGGACGGCGAGAACAACCAGCUUCAGCAGUUUGGAUACCAACCUAGCGCACCUGGCAGCAGGAAAAAAUAUGCCCUUCGUGACUUGUAUUUUAAAUUCUACAGAGAAUAUCCUCCGAACAGUCACAAUGCAGAAGGAGAUGUCAUUGCGCUAAUAAACAUCUUUCAACAACGUGCCAGUGAUCUUAUGUGCUGGAUGGAUUCCAAUGCAAUGCCAUUUAAUUCCAUUAGAGCCAUGUACAAGGAAAAAGAAAGAUACGCUUCCUUCUCAAAAACACCUGGGAACAUUCAACCACUCCACUCCAAUCACUUACAGAUGCAGUCACGGCAAAGGGUAGCAGCAAAUACUUCACGCUGGCCUUUUCCAGAAGAUGGUAAACCAGCAGAUAAUAAUUAUAUUCCACUAAACAAUAGAAGUUCUGGUAAUUUUUUCAUAAUUCCUGAUGAAAUUAAGAGUGUUAAGGGUAUUUUGAUUCUGUUUCUUGGGCUAGUAGUUGGGUGGGUUGCAGUUAAAUAUCCUGUUUAAUUUAAGAAUAUACAUUGGAUUUUGUAUAUUGUAAGUUGCAAGCUGCAAAAAUGUGUUUCCACCAGCUCUGGUUCUUAUUUUUCCCCUCCAUUUAGAUCGGGCAUCCCCAAACUUUGGCCCUCCAGAUGUUUUGGACUACAAUUCCCAUCUUCCCUGGCCACUGGUCCUGUUAGAUAGGGAUCAUGGGAGUUGUAGGCCAAAACAUCUGGAGGGCCACAGUUUGGGGAUGCCUGAUUUAGAUCUUCUAUAACAGCGUUUCUCAACCGCUGUUCCGCGGCACACUAGUGUGCCGCAAGACGCUGGCUGGUGUGCCACGACGUGCGGCGACGAGAAGGGCUAUUUGCAUUGUCACGUGCCUGGCGGCCACCAAUACACAGCACUGACCCGCCGGAAAGGAAGCCGGCCGGGUCACGACGCGGGGCGAGCGCAGCUCUCAACAGCCACCACCACGGGAGGGUGGUUUUAGACAAACUUAAAGAAGCUGGCUGGAUGAGCUCAACCUGAAACUUGCUGAGCAAAGGAUUGUGCUGGCAGAGAAAUCAGCGGCUUGUGAAGCCUUAUUACAGGAGAUUGCAACCAACACAGCAAUUGGCAAGUGUUUCUUACAGUCAUAAAUUAUAUAGUCAAUAUAGGGCGGCACAGUUAAAUUUUUUAACUUUUUUAAUGGUGGUGUGCCUCGUGAUUUUUUUCAUGGAACAAGUGUGCCUUGGCCCAAAAAAGGUUGAGAAACACUGUUCUAUAACCCCUAUUUGAAAACAGCAGCAAUGGUUGCCAGUUUGUUUCCUGUCCCAAUUCAAGGGGCUCACAUUGGUGUUUUUAGCCUUAAUUGAUUCAGGUUCCAAAUAUCUGCCUCCUUUUGUACAGAGUCUCUUGUGUGCCGAGAUCAGCAGAGAAGGUCCUCUUGGUAGUUCCUCUGAGAGCCAGUGUGGUGUAGUUUUUAAGAGCGGUAGACUCGUAAUCUGGUGAUCUGGGUUCGGGUCUCUGCUCCUCCACAUGCAGCUGCUGGGUGACCUUGGGCUAGUCACACUUCUUUGAAGUCUCUCAGCCCCACUCACCUCGCAGAGUGUUUGUUGUGGGGGAGGAAGGGAAAGGAGAUUGUUAGCCGCUUUGAGACUCCUUUGGGUAGUGAUAAAGCGGGAUAUCAAAUCCAAACUCUUCUUCUUCUUCUGCCCUUAGAGGUUCAGGGAAGGCAUUCUUUGUGGUGGCCCCUAAGUUGUGGAAUUCCCUUCCCACAGAGAUGCUUCUGGCACCUUCAUUAUACUGUUUUUAAAGAAUGCUGAGGUUUGAGGUUUAUGUUCUUAGGAUGCACUUUAUUUUUAUGGUUAUUAAGUUGUUUUAAACUGUUUUUAAUACUAUGUUUCAAUGCUGUAACCUGCUCUGGGAUCUUAGGGUGAAGGGCGGAUAAUAAAUUAAUAUUAUUUUGGUGAUUCUUGCCGUUAUUGUUUUGUUGGUGUCUUCAAGGGCUGUGAUUUUUUCCUUUGUUUUUUUUACAAGCCAUUCUGCACAAUGUAAAAAGUUAAAAGGAUAAAAUAAAAUUUAAAAAUUGUGCAAGAAGUCGAAAUGUUGGAGUAGAUGAAGGUGGGUAAAAGCAACCACCUCCCUUUUCAUUAAAAAAAAAUGCUUAAAAGCUCAAGUGGUUGAGGAAAGCGUUUUAAUUAUUUCCUAGAAUCUUGACUCUGGAAAGUUCCAUGUCGCCUUGGGAGGCGCCCAAAGCUAAGGCUUAGGCAUAAAGGGCAAGGUUGUAGUUUGUAUUUGCUGACUUCACUUUAAAUCUCUCACCCAUGGCCUUCCACAUUUGACCCAACCAGGCCAUUUUGGGCAAGCCACACCCACUCUACAAGAUAUAACCAAUAAACCAGAUGUGUGACAUGAAUAGCAGGAGCUUAAAGUGAUGGG